AUGUUUACUUGUUGGAUUGCAUCAUGCAUCAUACUAAUUUCCAUUCAUAAUCAUUUUAUCCUCUCAUCGUGUUCGAUUAUCGAGUCAGCAUCAUACAUCGUAACAUAUGAUGGUUAUUAUACAGCGAACAUUCGUUAUGACAUAAUUAAGCAAGCAACAGAAAUAACGGUAAAUGUCGAACCUAGGCCUAUUUUAUUGAGCGAUUUUGAUGUUGUCGAGGUAUCAACAUGGAAUUCAACAACCUUUGUACAGUUAGUGCAACAGUCCAUUCAUACAAAACGUGUUGCAAGCAAUAAUCGUUUCACGGCAACAUUACCUAAAAAACAAUUAUUAAGUCGAAGAUAUUCUGGUGAUAUUGAAAUUCAUCAUGUUACUAAGCUACUUGAUGUUGAUAAGCUAUGGGAUAUGGGAUAUAAAGGGCAAGGUGUAAAGGUUGCAGUUUUUGAUACAGGCCUUGGUAAACAUCAUCCACAUUUCCGACAAAUCGUCGAACGUACUGACUGGACAAACGAGAAAACUGCUGAUGAUGGCCUUGGGCAUGGUACUUUUGUUGCUGGCCUAAUUGCAAGUUCAGAUCAUAGAUGUGUUGGAUUUGCUCCUGCUGCUAGCAUUUAUGCUUAUAAAGUCUUUACAAAGAAACAAGUUUCAUUUACUUCAUGGUUUCUUGAUGCUUUCAACCAUGCCAUAUUACGAGGCAUAAAUGUUCUGAAUCUUAGCAUUGGUGGUCCGGAUUUUACUGAUGUUCCAUUUAUGGAUAAGGUAUGGGAACUUACCGCAAAUGGAAUUAUUCUCAUUUCAGCAAUUGGAAAUGAUGGACCAAAAUUCGGCACUUUGAACAAUCCAGCAGAUCAAAUGGAUGUUAUUGGUGUUGGUGGUAUAAAUGUUGAUUCUAAAAUUGCACGUUUUUCUUCACGUGGAAUGACCACUUGGGAACUACCAGGUGGUUAUGGACGAGUUAAACCGGAUAUAGUUACUUACGGUUCCUCAGUCUAUGGUUCUGCGUUAGAUGGGAAUUGCCGUGCUCUUUCUGGUACGUCUGUUGCAUCACCAGUAGUUGCUGGAGCGGUAGCUGUAAUGCUAAGCGGUAUAGAAGAUAAACGUUUAUGGAAUCCCGCAGUUGUAAAGCAGGCAUUAGUGGAGGGUGCAACCAGACUUCCCAAUGUGGCAACAAUGUUUGAACAAGGUGCUGGUAAAAUGAACAUUGUUGCAUCAUUCCAGUUCAUGCGACGAUAUUCUCCACGAAUCACUUUCAUUCCACCGUAUAUUGAUUUCAAUGAAUGUCCUUAUAUGUGGCCAUAUUGUAGUCAGCCACUUUAUGCAUCUGGUAUACCGACUUUCAUUAAUGUUACGAUCGUGAAUGGGAUGAGUGUAUCUGGCCGAAUAGUGGCGGAGCCAAUGUGGGAGCCAUUUCUGGAAGAAAAAGGUGAUUUGCUGAAUGUUUCAAUAAUAUAUUCUGAUCUCUUAUGGCCAUGGUCUGGUUAUAUGGCAGUUGCAGUAAGUGUUGUACCAAAUGGUUGUAAUUAUGAUGGAACUGCAAGUGGACGAAUUACUGUUACAGUGGUGUCCGAAGAACGAGGCGGGCAAAAGUAUUCAACAGCAGCUUUUCCAAUCCGAGUUCGAAUCAUCCCAACGCCUCCAAGGAGCCAACGGUUGCUGUGGGAUCAGUAUCGAAACAUUCGUUAUCCACCGGGAUAUUUUCCACGUGAUGAUUUACGUGAUAAAACGAAUAUAUUAGACUGGAAUGCCGACCAUCCACAUACUAAUUUCAAACCUCUCUAUCAACAUCUUCGCAGCAGUGGUUACUACAUUGAGGUAUUGGGCGAACCUCUAACCUGUGUGGAUCUAAGCCAGUAUUCAGCUUUUUUAAUUGUUGAUCCGGAGGAUGAAUUUUUCCCUAGUGAAAAACAAAAGCUUUAUAAUGAAGUAAAUAACGCUAAUCUGAAUUUGAUUAUUUUUGCGGAUUGGUACAAUACAUCUGUAAUUGACAAAAUUCGAUUUAUGGAUGAAAACACUAAAGAAUGGUGGGAACCAGAAACAGGUGGGACGAAUUUACCAGCUUUAAAUGAUCUUCUUAAGAAAUGGAAUAUUUCAUUAAGCGCUCAUGUUCUGGAUGGUAUUGCUGUUGUAGGGCAAACACCAGUGAAAUAUCUGUCAGGAACAUCAAUAUCUUAUGCCCCACCUCAUGCUUUCAUUGCGUUAUCAGAUUUAACCGAUUUGGGUGAAGAAAUGAUAUCAGAAAGAAAAACUGACCAGCUAUAUAAAGAAGCUAUUUUCCUGUACUAUAAAAAUAAUACUUUAUCAAAAAAGUCUGGCUUUGUGGCAAUUUUUGGUGAUAGCUCAUGCCUUGAAGUUGGCACAACAUCGGAUACAAAGAGUUGUAUCUUUUUAUUAGAAGCGCUUCUUGAAAGUGCUUUGGAAGGUGAUCUGAUCGAAAGUUUGCGUCAGUCACUUGUACCUGCUGGUACCGUAUUAUCUUUGAAGCAUUCGCAGAAUUUACCACUUCCAAAAAGAUUGACAACUUCGAACUUCGCUAAAUAUUCGAAAGUUAUAAUGGGCAUCUCGGCAGAUGCUGAACCAGUAUAUCGAGAAGAUCCUAAAUGUCGGAUUUUGUGGGAUGCUAUUUCACAACCGGUCGCCAACGUCACCCUUUCGUCAGAUUUAAGUGGCAAUCAUUUGAAGGAUGAUCGUUCAGAUUUACCAGACGGGAAUAAGUUUUCGAAUGAGUUAACUUCUGCGCAGCUUCAUGAAAUCAUCCAAUUCUUCGAUGCGAAUGUAGAAAAUGAUAUUGAACAAACGCAUCAGCUAGAUUUAAAUCAGCAAAACUAUGGCUUUUUGCUGUGGGUCAUUAUUUUCUUUAUUAUAAUUGUCAUCUUUUGUCGUACUAUAGUACGCCGAUUGGUUGUACGUUUUCGAAUUCUUCGAUUUAUUUUAAGAAGAUUUUAA